GCACGAUUCUCAUGUGCUGCGCCUGUCCGAUCUGUACAGCCGUGGGGAGGAGGGUACGGAGCCUUUCGUUCGGAGGACAAACAUCCUCAUGGAUGGUACUGUAAUGGGACGAUAUCUGAUGGGGGACGCUGGGUAUCCUAUCCUUCCGUGGCUGAUGAUUCCGUUUGGAGGAUCUGAUCGGACUGUGGAGGAAAGAUCGUUUGACAACAAGUUCUCUGCCCUCCGCAAUGUCAUCGAAAGGUGCUUUGGGCGGUUGAAAGGAAUGUGGCAUUGCUUUGGAUGGAAACACAUUGCUAAUAUGCAGAACGUGUGUUACCAGUUCUUUGCAUGCUGCAUCCUGCACAACAUCAUUAUCGACGCAGGCAUCCCCGUCGACGAAGAAUUGCUACAACGGAGAGGGAGGGAAGAUGGCGACGAGGACAACGAUGACGAUGGACCUGCAGGUGAUUAUGCGGACGAUGACGAAGACUAUGCCGAGGCUGAGCUCCGAAGAGAAGGCUGUACAUUGUACGCUAGCCAUCGCAUUCGCCACGACGCCACAACUGCUCUCCGAUCCUCUGUCGUCCGCCAUGCUCUUCAUGUCUCUCGAGUUUUGGGUGUUCACGCUGGUGCACAGCAGCGGUAGGGUAGAUUGCACGAGGAUAA